CACCAGCACUCAGUCUCUCACGAAACGAUGUAGACAAAAUUUUUCUGUUUAAAGCAUGCUUCAGUCGAGUCCCACCCAUCUUCAAUCUCGACCAGCCCCACUGGCGUCUACACUACUGCACAUAUAGAGCCCAGCCCAGCUGAAAAGUACAUAAAGAAAAAACGACGCUGCAACAUUAAGCUCAGUAUUGACCCCUACGGGCUGCAGUUCAAUGUUUAAAAGUGUGAGUGAAUUCCUCAAAAAGGAGCUGGAUGGCGGUGGAGAGCUUCAGCCCAUUUCUAGCGUCAUUGAAUCCAAGUACCUGGAUGUGCUGUACUUGGUGAAGAUUGUGGAAUCCACAAGGUUCUUCUUCUUCAAAAAAGUGCGCUACUAUCCUGCAAUGAUUAAAGUGGCUGAGUUACUCCAGUGCGAGGACACUGUGGACUUUGGUGGCCACACUCAGCAGGACAUUGGGGCCAUGAAAGUGAGGGAGGAAGGGAGGGGCAGUGUGAAAGUCAAAGCCGAGGUGGGUCCCUAUAUUGGUAAUGCUGGAGCAAAUUUUGAGGCUGUGAGGACCAAGUCUACAUCAGAGAUUGAACUGGAACGUGUGGCUGUGAACCUCACUAAACUGGAUAAAAGCAUUCGUACGAGCAAAGUAGACAUGGAUCACUUUCUGAUUAAGGAGCUGAACAGGAACACCAAGAUAAAGGGGCUGGGUGUAAUCUGCGAGGUUAUCAAGGCCAAGAACAAUCUGACACUGGAGCAAAUAAGCAAAGGAGGAAGCGGGUUGAAUUUCUCUGUCCUCGACAACGCCACGGUGGAAACUGGCGGAAAGUUAGACAAGGAGCAGAACCUGAGGCUGGCAGCAGGCUGUGUGCUGGGAUUCAAAGUGCAUGAGUUCCCUUUGCAUGAACAAGGCAUCGCAUGUAUACAGCAAGCAAAGAUGGCUUGUGAUGGUGUGGCUGAUCUUGCAGUUGUCCGUGAUUUUUCAUCAAUGAAGCAGCAGGUGACAGCGGAGUUUAAAGAGUUUAGGAACAUGGAUCGGGAUGUCAAAAAAAUCAUCUGGGACCCUCUGUCAAAGACACUGAAGUGCCCUCAGGCCCUGUAUGCCCUGGACUGUGUGCUGGAACAAGGCUGCAUCUGCACAGGUAGCCCCUCCCUGCUGGAUGUGGUACCAGCGGAUGUCAGAAAGGACGCUGAGGAUCUACUGCAGAUGGUGGGGCUGGACAGUGUGGACUCUUCAGACUCUAGUGACCUCCUCAAAUGCCUUGGCUUACUGGUCAGCGCUCUAGCUAUGCUGAAUGAGGGGGCAGUGACUCUGAUCGUGGGGCUGGAAGGACCAGACAGACAUCAGAUGCUUGAACUGGUGGAGGGGCUACUGGAGGAGGUAUACUCUGGGGAAGGUGGUGUCCCUCGGUGGAAUGAGCAGUUUUCAGAGAACAUUGUGACCGUGGCCACACAGGUGUUAGAGUUUUGUGGGCUGAAACUGGACAAAGACAGACUUGACCCCAGCCUAGGAACCCAAGGGGCUCCUGACAUGACCCUCUUGGCCCUUUACAUCACUUUGCAGGGUCUGAACAUGUUAAUGGAUUCCUGAAAGCCCCACUUCCACCUUCCAUUAAUAAAAGAUCAAACUGACAUAUGUAAUGCAAUUCGGUUUUUACAACUUUUAUACCUAAACAUGAGUUUUUAAAACAGUCACAUACAAGGGUAAACAAGGGCGAAAAGAAGUGUAAAAUGAGCUGGGCAAAGGUUUUGAGAGGAUUAUCUGACACCGAAAUCCAAAAAAUUUACAGAAUUUGUUUGCAAGAGGGUAGGCACCCAUGAAAAUCGAGGUGUGUGGUCACAGUGUGAUAAAAUGGUGUUCUCAUUCUAUUUUUAACAUUUAACCAUUUUCUUUCAUGCUUUAUGUAAUCAAAAAUAUGUUUUAUUACUGUCACCUGUAAUACUUCACGUCUGUUUAAUGCAUGGUUUUGUAACGCCUGGUAUAUUUAAGGCUUGACAUUUAGUUUGGUUUUGUUGUGUAGAGGAUUUUUAGGAGAUAAGCUCUAAACUCUUUAAUUCAAAUUUUUAAAUAUCUUCAGCGACUGUCCAAAUGAAAUGCUCCUUGUAAAUGUGUUUGCCUGAGAAACACACUCCUUCCAUCCCCUUGGCAUAUCCCUCUUAGUCAGUAGGGGGCAGCAAAUUUCUGUUGUGGACAGUGAUAUAAAGUGGCAUUCAUGUUCUAUAAAUAGGAGUUGCCACUAGGAAGAGAUUACUGGCCUGAUUCCUCUUUCCCAACAGCAUUUAUGUGCGUCUCCAAGGUUUAAUGCUGAUGUUUGUGUUGUAACUUUGGUUUAAUCCUUCUGCAUGUUAAACUGAAUAUUAAUGCAAUGUAAUGUAAUGCAAGAUUUCCUUUUGAAAGUCAUUAUGACAUGCAUGACAUUGUUGAGAUGUGACACAUAGGGUAUGGAAUUUGUUUUCAGA